AUGGAAAGAGUGUUAAAACGCGUAGGGCUCGCUAAAAGAACACAAUCAGAUGCGGAAACUAACAUGACCAACAAUGCCGGCGACAACAUUAAAGUGAGGCGACGACGUAGAAGUAAAUCAAGAAGGCACCCCUCCAAGGAAAACAAAAAAACCGGCGGUUUAUUUAAUAUUGAUUGGGAUUCUGUAAAAGACUGUAAAUCCUGCAAAUCGCGAGCGAUCGCUAGGCGAUUUUGCAGUAAAAAGGCCGACAACGAGCUUUAUAGAUCAAACAGCUUCAAAUUCGAACGAUUUAUAAGAGCCAAUGAGGAAAUUUCCACUUUAGGAAAAAAGGUAACGCCGAAGAAAUUAGCUGGAGCUUUACUAAAAACCGCAGAUGCUGAUCCUAAAUAUUCCGUUUUGCCGUAUAUGGAAACUGAAUACAUAAUAUGGCCAAUCGACCUUGCUGUAAUGAAAAUCAUUUGGUAUGCAAAUUGA